GACGACGACAUCGUAAAAUCCUUCGUGUCUACUAAAUACAACAUCAGCGGAACAGCGAACAAUCUGGUAAUUGAAAGCAUUCUGAGUGAAGGAAAGUCAGUUUUCAAUGUUUAUGGAGACGAACUAAUUAUAUUUGCUCACCAAAAUGUGACACUUCGUUCAGUGGUUCCCACUCAAGAAAUUUUUGCGGAAAUCUACCGACCAAUAAAACACACCAGCUUGGUCUUCGAGCUUCCCAAAUCUCAAGAAACCAUUCACAACGUCAUUCCAGAACCGGAACCUUACAAACCUACGUUUCCACAACGUUUUAUGGAGAAAACCUAUCCGUACCCUGAGCGGAAAUACACCCAGUCGCCCGUGUUUCACCAUGAGUUUGAUCCAUUCAGCAACUUCAAGAGACCCUAUGAUUUUCAGAAAAAAGCGUACCAUGAAGAACAACUAAAAACCUACCCUGAAAACUAUCUUCCCACUCAGGAGAACUAUGACAUUCCCUAUCUAUCCGUUUUUAGUCCUGUCAGUCCUACAGAGAUGAAGAAUAUGGUCCGAAAUAUUCUGGAAAGCCUGACUGUGGAUAUAAUCCGUGCCGAUUUGUCAGUAUCAGAAGUCGUUUCUUAUAAAGUGAUCAAACUCGUCAGAGCCCUGUCUGUUCUGAAGGUUACUGAUCUUCAUGAGUUGAUCCGUGAUGUAAUUCCAACACAACAGAGGUACAAAGUGUCAGAAAGGGAGCAAGUGAUGAGGAAGCUGCUUUUAGAUGCCCUUCCUCUAAGUGGAACCAAUGAUGCCGUUGUCAUUAUCAAAUACCUUAUUGAGAAAGAACUUGUGCUCGACUUCGAGGCUCGUGAGCUUGUCGAGGGUCUGCCGAAGAAUAUCGUUUACCCGAGAGAAGAAACGAUUCAUCUGUUAUACGAAUUGAUGCAACUCCAGAAAGUCAAAUCAAAUCGACUUCUUCUGGGAUCUACAAGCUUGGCUUUCGCUAGACUGGUUCGAGACGUUUGUGUAAUACCUCAUCUAAAUUACGCUAGACAUGAAACAAGGGAAGAAUAUCUGUAUAAACCACAAACCCAAGACGACCUUAUACUUUCACUCUGUCACCCGGAAGUUGUUGAAAAGUAUGUCAAGAUAAUCAGUUUUGAAGUCGACAGUUCUGAAUCAACUUGGGUCUUGAACAUUAAGAAAGGAAUUCUAAGUCUGCUACAGGUUAACCUUGGAAAACAGUUGUCUCAAAGGAUUAGGCCCAACACCGUAGAAACGGAGGACAUACUACCUGAAGUGUUCGCCGUUUAUGAAGACAGCAUUGGCGGCAACUGUGAAACAUGGUACACUAUCGACUCCAACCCCAACCCAGAGCUCCCAAUGAUGCAUCCUGUUCUGAACAUCAGCAAGGUUAGAAACUACAAGAAUUGCAUCAAACGACCUGUCUUCGGACACAACAACCACGCUAUCCGUGGCUGUCCUUGGCUUUGUUCCCAUGUAGAUCCAAAAAUGGCGGUGCCUGGUAUGGAGCCUCUGAAAACGUCAAUUCCGUGUGAAUGUCCAGCUGGAUAUGAUAUCAUUCUUCCACUAGUCACCCCGAUCUUUUUCAACACGGCUGAGCCGUAUGAGAUCAGGAUCGCGGCUUUUACUGUGAUUCUCUAUAGCAACCCCCCACUGCCAAUCCUCAACCGAAUUGUCACUCGCUUAUGGCUAGAGAAAAAUAAACAAGUGGCUAAUGUUGUGUACACUUCUUUGAAAAGCUUGAGUAACACUACCAUUCCCUGCUAUCAGAACCUAGCUCAGAAGAUUCGUCAAGUUAUGGGUGAGCUGAAACCAGUGGAUUUUGGAACGAGUUAUUCAUUUCUUAAAAUGGCUGAAUUUAAUGAUAUUCCACGUGACUACAGCUUUCACGUGCUGUAUGAAUGGGUUCACAGUAACGUUUCCAUAAUCCCUCGUGCAGGAUAUCUUGGUGCUAUGCAGAACAUCGGGCCUUUCUGGGACCUUCCUGUAAAUUUCGGAUUCGUAUUCAAGGGCUGGGAUCAAAUCUUGGACAGAUUAGUGACCCACAGUGAUAUUCUGUCGGAAUUAUCUACCAUCCUGUUCGGUCCCAGGAAGUACGGUGUGGAAAGAUUGCAGCAGGAAUUUGAUGAAAUUAAGACCAAGUUAAACUUGGUUUUUCGUGAACCUGAAGACCUGAAGGCCAGCGUAUUCUUCCAGCUAUUCGAAAGAACUUCAAUUUACACUUUGGACAAGGAAUAUAUUAGUGAAAUGCUUCAGCACGCAAUCAAGUUUUACAGACAACUUGAAGAUCAAGUAAGAGCAGGAAUACCAUGGCACUAUGUUAAGGUUAUUCUACCUUCCAGCUCCUUCAAAGUACUACCUUCAGAAACAGGUCUGCCAGUCGUCAUUUCCAACCAAAAACCAACCAUAAUGUCUUUACGUAUUAGAAAUAUUUAUGUGCAGCUUCCAAGCAGCGGCUACUAUUCUGGGGACGUAAACUUUGCUUUAGAAAUUCAACCAACGAUACACUACUCCUCUCAUGUCUUUGGAGGGAUUGUGGACCCUGUAGCGCAGACUAUGUACGGAAGCACGAUGGUUAGAAGAUACCACACGACUCUUCCUUUAAACAUCAGCUUACAAGUCGACGUAACAAAACACGUCUUUCAACUCAACAUCCAGCCACAACUAACCAAGAUCUUCUACCACAAGUCAGAUGCUGCUACCUUUAUUCGAAAGAACUAUGUGAGUCAACCACCAGAAGAACACUUCCUAGGACAGUAUUUGCCAAUCAGGACUUUACCAAUUCCACUGAAGUAUGAUGAAGUUUAUGGUCGACAAUUAUUUGGACUGGGACUCCAUGUUAAAGGAAUUGCAGAAACCAUCUGGUCUGACAUCCCACUACACCUGAGCCGUACGACACAGGAAAAGGGCUACCUAGCUGGAAUUCUGGAGGUUAUUAGUAAUCCUGGUAAGAAGUACCGCGAAUUCGUCGUUUCGCUAGAACCAGAUCAUCAGACACCAAUCUAUGAGUAUAACAUCAAGUUCCAGUACAAACGAAUGUUGGAGAAAGAUGAACCACAGCUGUAUCGAAAAGAAAGAAACACCGGUAUUCUACAGAAAGCCUAUGAAUACCUCAAUUUACCUUUCACACGCGUCUACAAACCCUACCAUAGCGACGUUUUUUCAGGACCCAAAACUUACUUGCCAAGAACCACUAGCGAGUAUAGCGGAUCCAAUGUAAUUGACACAACUGUGACACAUGUUUGGUCUAUGGUUCUAGAAGGAAAAGGACCUGUCCCUAUCACAAACGUCUUAGACCUCUUUUACACACGAACUCUGGACUUUAGAACCAUCUGGACCAAAAUCCAUCUCCUUACGUCAACAACUGGACAAUACAGAUCCAACCCAGUAGAGAUGUGUUUCAACUCCGUUGUAAAAUUUCCCCCGAAACCAAAUGUUUUCCUCCUGGACACUGUCUUAACUAAUGAUCAAAAAGUGGACAUCAAUGCUGACAUCAGUUGGGGUUCAGAGUGUUUAACAUCACAAGAAAGGCACGUCUCUAUCAACGCUAUUGUGGAAAAAAGCAAUGAGCAGAAGAACGUACAUUAUGAACCAAGAAAACUUCCACGCAUGACUACACUGUACAACACCAACUACAUCGCUGGGCUCAGCGGACAAUGGUCACUUCCCUGGUACUACAAACAAUGCCAGAUUGACCAACAGCAGGGAAAAAGCCAGAGCUAUGCCUGCAAGUUGGCAAUAAUGGACGAUAGCUAUCUCAACAAAAUCACCAUGGAGAUCAACUACGAGAAA